CUCCCAAACCAUGGUGGCGUGUGUAUAAAUAUGACGUUACCGUUGCAGUACAGCAUCAGUGAUCUUGCAACCGGCGUUCGUGUCUGAACCGUCUUGGAGUCUCCCAUUUUCCCUAGAUCGCCAAACAGUGCCACAGGACAUUCCGUGUCGUACCGGAUAUUCCGUGUUCUAUUGUGUACGUGUGCGUGAUUGUGCUUGUGUGUGUGUGUGUGAGCCGUGUCCAGUGUAUUACAAAAAAAAGAUGAAUCCAUCCGUUGUGCGUAUCAUCUUUGCCGUCGUGGUGCUGCUCGGUGUGGUUGCUGCCACCGAGGACUACCAAAGCCAAAGCUUGCGGGCUAUCGUGCGGGUGUACGACGAGUGCUCCAAGGCGGAGACCGGAUUCACUCCGUGUCUGAAGAAGCGCGCCAUUACCUUUAUCGAUCGGUUGUCCCGUGUGGAUGCCCUUGCGCUCGGUGAUCUCAAGAUUGUACGGAACGAGCGGGCGGCGACGGAACCGAGCAAACCACUGACUGAGGCUGAGCUUGAGCAGAGUCUGCCCCGUGGACUGGAGGCACGCGAUGAGGCACUCACCAACAUGCUCCUGGAGAAGGUUGCCGGAAUCUUCAGCAGCCGAACGGUGCAGGUUACGUUGCCCAAACUUUCCAGCGAGGAACUCGGCCGUGGCUUAGAGGAAGGCCGCGGCAAAAUGAAGAAAAUGAUGAGCAUGAUGAUCAUGGGUUUCAUGAUGAAGAUGGCUGCCAUGGUUCCCGUCGCCAUCGCCGGUCUCUAUCUGCUCGCUGGUAAGGCUCUGAUCGUGUCCAAGAUCGCCCUCCUGUUGGCCGGUAUCAUCGGGCUGAAGAAGCUGGUCGCCAGCAAGCAGCAGCACGGUAGCGGUUGGUCGAGCGGUGGCUCCGGACACGGUGGCUGGGAUCGACGAUCGGCCGAUGCAGCGGCAAUCGCCCAAAACAUGGCGUACAGUGCGUACGCUAAGAACCAGGCGUAAAACCCCGGAAUGCACCAACCAUCACACCAUCAUCACCACACCAUCCCCCGUACAUAAGUUCUUUCAUCGCAAACCAUCGUCUUCCUUUCUUUCAUCGUCAUCGUACCCAAUCGCAAAACGCGCAACGUACCGGAUCGUCUAGAAACAUAUUUAUUUAUUUAUUUAAGUUAUUUAAAUUAUUUAACAAUCGACCUUAAGUCCGUCUGUGAGUCAAACACCCUUCCGCCUUUCCCACCCCGUCGAGCCCACGAAUUGAUAUACAAAAUGAGGAAAAUGCUUUUCUUUCUACGACGCCCUUUCAUAUGUGGCACAGGCAAAAACCACAAAAAACAGUAGCUUACGGUACAAUCUCUCCAAGGCCCUAACGAUUCUCUUCUAUUCUUCGCUUUCCUUUCCACAUCGUGACAUUUUUCUUCGCAGAAAAAUGGCACCCAAUCUGCAUACAAUCGUCUCCCGAAAAAAAAACCGUUCCUCCUACAUUUGUUUCAAUUCUAUCAAUCGACCUA